AUGUUGUUGAGUGUUUUGGUGUUUAUUAUUAUUGUUGUGGUGGUGGCGAUGUUUAUGGUGUUUUCCUUUUCUUGUUUUGUUGUCAUCGUCCCAUCUGAAAAUUUUGAAGUUGUAUUUUUUUGUGUUUUCUUGUAUUUUCUUGUGUUUUUCUUGUAUUUUCUGUUUUUUGUGUUUUUGUAUUUUUUGUAUUUUCUUGUAUUUUCUGUUUUUUGUGUUUUUGUAUUUUUUUUGUGUUUUUGUAUUUUUUGUAUUUUCUUGUAUUUUCUGUUUUUUGUGUUUUUUUGUCUUUUUGUGUUUUGCUGUGUUUUUGUGUUUUCUUGUAUUUUCUUGUGUUUUUCUUGUAUUUUCUGUUUUUUGUGUUUUUGUAUUUUUUUUGUGUUUUUUGUAUUUUCUUGUGUUUUGUGUUUUUUGUGUUUUUGUAUUUUUUGUAUUUUCUUGUAUUUUCUGUUUUUUGUGUUUUUUUGUCUUUUUGUGUUUUGCUGUGUUUUUGUGUUUUCUUGUAUUUUCUUGUGUUUUUGUAUUUUGUGUUUUUUGUAUUUUUUGUAUUUUGUUUUUGUAUUUUUUUGUGUUUUUCUGUGUUUUUGUGUUUUAUCUAAUUUUUUAUUUUCUGUGUUUUUUGUGUGUCAUAUUCAUUUCAAAAAAUACAUUACCUCAAAAGCACUUUAGCUCCUUUCGGAAUAGGCCUAGAAGUUUGUGGAUCAGGCAAGAGAGACCAAAUAAUUUUGUCGUCGGAAUAUCCAGCAAUAGUCAUUUUAUUUUAUUUUU